UUCUCACUUGUGAAAAUGGAGAGGUACUCUUUACAAAGUUACAAACUUGUGCUUCUAUUGACAUGUUUUUUGGUCAUAUUUGUUAACACAGAGCUGAGUUUUCUUACACAUGCAAGAGCCCUAGACAACAACAGCAAGGUUUAUAUAGUUUAUCUUGGCCAAAGAGAAAAUGAUGAUCCCGAACUUGUUACAGCCUCUCAUCAUCAGAUGCUUGAAUCACUUCUUGAAAGCAAAGAAGACGCACAUAAGUCAAUGAUCUACAGCUAUCAACAUGGAUUUUCCGGAUUCGCAGCACUUCUUACGUCUUCCCAAGCAAAGAAAAUAUCAGACCAUCCAGAAGUAAUACAUGUUAUACCAAACCGGAUUCUGAAACUGCGAACCACAAGAACUUGGGAUCACCUUGGCCUCACUGCAAUUCCAACUUAUUUUCCUGCUUCAUCAACAUCUGUAAAAGGUCUUCUUCAUGACACCAACAUGGGCAGUGAAGCUAUCAUCGGCGUCUUGGAUACUGGAAUAUGGCCGGAGUCAAAGGUCUUCAACGAUCAAGGCCUUGGACCAAUACCUAAGCGUUGGAGAGGAAAAUGUGAAUCAGGAGAAAAGUUUAACGCCACAAUUCAUUGCAACAAAAAGCUAAUAGGAGCUAAGUACUACCUAAACGGCCUUCUAGCCGAGAGGGGAGGAAAGUUCAAUACAUCAAAAGUCGGAGAAUUCAAAUCCAACAGGGAUGCAAUCGGUCACGGUACGCAUACAGCCACAAUAGCAGCUGGCUCAUUUGUUCCCAACGUGAGCUUCUAUGGUCUAGCCCGAGGUACGGUCCGAGGUGGUGCUCCUCGGGCCCGCAUAGCCUCUUACAAGGUGUGUUGGAACACAAUGCCAGAGCCUGGAAGAUGCUCAAUGGCUGAUAUGUGGAAGGCUUUUGAUGAUGCUAUACAUGACGGAGUUGAUGUUUUGUCUGUUUCUAUUUCCGGGAACAUUCCAGAGGACACCGAGGUCGAUAAACUCGAUUUCAUCGGGGCGUUUCAUGCAGUAGCUAGUGGGAUUCCGGUUGUGUCUGUGGCUGGUAAUGAUGGGCCUAGUUCUCAGACUGUUGCCAAUGCUGCUCCUUGGCUCUUGACCGUUGCUGCAACUACUCUUGACCGGUUUUUUCCUACAAAGAUCACACUUGGCAAUAACCAAACUCUCUUCGGUGAGUCUCUGUUCACUGGAUCGGAGAUUUCAACCGGUUUAGCUUUUCGGGAUGAAGAGAGUGAUGAUAAGGUUGAUUUGAAGGGAAAAAUAGUUCUUGUUUUCGAAUAUCGCUAUCAAGUUGCAGACAAAGGUGUAGCAGGAGUCAUCUGCGCCCAACAUCCUGAUGACCUUCUUAUUCGAUGUGAUGCAUUUCCUUGCAUUUAUACUGAUUACGAGCUUGGGACCACCAUUUUGCAAUACAUACGUACCACCAGAUCUCCCACGGUGAAACUAAGCCCGGCUACGACAUUAACCGGUCUGCCAGCAACUACAAAGGUUGCUGCAUUCUCAUCUAGAGGGCCUAACUCUGUUUCACCAGCCAUUCUCAAGCCUGAUAUAGCAGCUCCUGGUGUGAGCAUACUCGCGGCAAUGAGUCCGCUUAAUCCUGACGGACAUGAUGGCUUUGGACUGGAUUCAGGGACAUCGAUGUCGACUCCUGUUGUUUCAGGAAUCAUAGCUCUACUCAAGUCUCUACACCCUAACUGGUCUCCUGCUGCAUUUAGAUCAGCUUUGGUCACAACAGCUUGGAGAACAAGUCCAUCUGGUGAACCUAUUUUUGCUGAAGGAUCAAACAAGAAGCUUGCAGAUCCAUUUGACUAUGGUGGAGGUCUUGUAAACCCUGAAAGAGCUGCAAAACCAGGACUUGUCUACGAUAUGGGGAUCCAAGAUUACAUCAACUAUAUGUGUUCCAAAGGUUAUAACGACUCUUCAAUCUCUCGUGUGGUCGGUAAAAAGACUAACUGUCCAACUCCUAAACCAUCAAUUCUUGAUAUGAACUUACCUUCAAUAACAAUCCCAAAUCUUGAGCAAGAAGUCACACUCACAAGAACUGUAACCAAUGUUGGACCCAUCAAGUCAGUCUACAGAGCUGUUAUCGAGUCUCCUCUCGGCAUUACUCUCACUGUCAACCCGACCACACUCGUGUUUAGCUCCGAAGAUAAGAAGGUGCUCUCUUUCACGGUGAAGGCUAAAACGAGUCAUAAAGGCAACACUGGUUACUUGUUUGGAAGCUUGACAUGGACUGAUGGUGUUCAUGAUGUUAAGAUCCCUGUCUCUGUCCAGACAAGGAUCAUGAUCAAGGCUUAAUAGAAACAAAACUAUCUGAACAAUAAUCAAUUUCAAUCGAUUCAGUGUAUUAAUCAAGAUCAUAAUAAUAAAGAUAAACCACAAAAAAAAAAAAAUCACAAUCUCUCAUACAACAAACACACAAAUUGAGAAAGCCCUAAAGCUUCCUCAUUUAUUUAGUCACAACCAUAUAUUAUGCAUAUAAAAAAACUACAAUCGAAUACAGAAGGAUCCUCACGAUCAUCAACUACAAUAAGAUAGUAGCAAUAUAUAAUCAUUAUAAUGACUAUAUAUUAUAAAGAUGGGGUUAUUAUUAUUAUUUUAACAAUAAGCGGUACACUUCUUCUUACAAUCCAUGGUACAUCCACCACCUCCGCCUCCACUGCCGUAUCCUUUCCCGGAGCGGCUAAAAGAGCUAAAACACUUGGCAGGACACCUCAGCUUCUUGCCGUUACAAGGUCCUUUCUCUUUGCAAGUCACCGUCGGCCUCACCACACCUCCUUUCCCGUACCCGCCGCUCGGACCACCGUACCCUCCGCCGUAUCCACCGCCAACUCCGGUACCCGGAAACCCGUUUUCAAACCCGGGUAUCCCGGCAUAUCCGGAUCCGGGUACUCCGCCGAAUCCUAAGCCAUUGUUACCGCUCUUCUGACGAGCUGAGUGAGUUGCGGAGACGAAGAUGGUGAGGAGAAGAGAAGCUAAGAGGAUCGGUUUCGUAAACAUGAUUCUUUUUUGGUUAAGUGGGUUAGUUGAGGAGGGAGAUAUGAUUAUAAAUAGAUAUGAGCAUUAAAUUGAAAUACAGUUAAGACAUUGAUUAGUGGACUUUAGUGUGUGAAGAUCACUUUAAUGCAAGAGAGACUCUUGUGUCUC